AAUACGGUAUCACUUGUGCGCAUGCGUAGUAGAUCAUCUUUGAGUGCUUGCUUGCUGGCUGGCGUUAGUGUCUGUCGUCUGUUCUUCUUCUAAUUUCUGCGACCUGCUAUAGCUAUUCCGUGUAUAUUGAGUUCUGGCAGGACUGAGUCAUCGUGACAGUAAGCCUAUGGAGGAUUUUCAUCGUUCUAGACGGGAUUGUGACCCCAGCACGUCAACUAGGAGGUAUCAAGCCAUUAAAAGAAACCAAACAUGGAAAGGCCCUUUAUCUAAGAAGAAGAAAGGCAUUGAUUUGACUUACUCCGCGACAGACUUUAAGCGGUUUUCUGCCUUUAGGCAACUUCUUGUCACAUCAAAGUUUCACUAUAAUAAAGUGUUCAUCUCUGGCAAUGUCUCUAUAGAUGAUGACAUUUUUAAGACGUGUCCAUUAAAUUACCCAACUAAAUGCCUCAAUUGUAAGUCUGUGGGAGAGCGGAAUGAUUUGAUGAAAGAUUUGAAGAGCAUUGCCUGGGAAGAUUUAAGAUACAGGAAUGUACCUGACAAUGUGCCCAUAGGAAUCAAGGGACUUGCUGUUAAUUUGCGAAGCAUGAUUAUAAGUAAAUGUGACAAUGCUUCAGCAAAGUCAUUUACAUACUCCUUAAUGGAGACGGUGAGAGCUUAUUGCUUGUGUUCUGCACAUGGAGAGCAUUGCGAUAUCUUUACUCCCAAGCUGACGAGCGAUGUAGGUGGCUUUGAAUUUGCCGUCAACAUUCAACAGUCCUUAACACAGCCGUCAUUUGAUUCAUCCAGUGAUAGCAGCAGGAGCCCAACGAACCGGAUGCAGUUGAGAAAGCUGGAUGUUAUACAUGUGGAGCCGGAAAAAGAUGAAGUUUCCCCUAGUGAAGUUGAUCACAUUUCUGAGUCCAGUGUGCCUACUGAAGAUUCAAGUCCUUCAAGUGAAUCACCUUAUUCAUUUACAGAACCAGGGACAUAUGACACUGUUUUAUUAGUUGGUAUUCCUGAUGUUGUUUUUAUGAAUUGUCGACAAUUCACCAUUGUGUCUGCUGAGGAUAAGCAUGUGAAAGAACUGGUUACCAUUACAGGGCCACAAUCAAGCGAUGUGGGCCAAUUACUUUUUUAUAUGUUGGGCAUUUUCAUCAGAAAUGUAUCCGUUCAGAACAAUCAACAGCAGCUUGGAUUAUACAUUGAAGGGGAUAAGAUUAGUAUUACAUAUGGACGGAUCAAUCGAGCAGUUGGAACAGAUGAGGCGACUGUCCAUUUUUCUGUGUCUAAAUUUCAUAACAUUCUUGAUGGAGGAGUUCUGCAGUCAGUGUGUUUGGCUAUAUUUUCAGUCAUCAACAUAAUCUUAGAUACAAAGUGAAGGGAAGGAAUGUGAAGUUAACAGUGACCCUUAUUAAUUAUUCAUCAUGUGACCUUGUUAUUACUUUUGGUAAUUUGUGAAGUAAUAAUUUUUAUCGCUAAAAUAAGUUUGAAGUGUA